GGACAGACGGAGGGAGAGAAUAGACCCUGCAGGGAGACGGCGGAGGAGACAGACGACAGGAGGCUGACGCACAACUCAAACCCAACAACAACAACAACAACGACGACACAACAAGAGCAACAACCAGCACGAUGCCCAACUUUGCAGGAACCUGGAAAAUGAAGAGCAGCGAGAAUUUUGACGAGUUGCUGAAAGCUCUGGGCGUGAACGCCAUGCUGAGGAAGGUCGCGGUGGCGGCGGCCUCCAAGCCCCACGUGGAAAUCCGACAGAACGGCGAGCACUUCUACAUCAAGACGUCGACCACGGUGCGCACCACCGAGGUCAACUUCUGCGUCGGCGAGGAGUUCAACGAGGAGACGGUGGACGGCAGAAAGUGUAAGAGUUUGGCCACUUGGGAGACGGAAAACAAGAUUUACUGCAAACAGACUCUUCUGAGCGGGAACGGCCCGAAGACCUUCUGGAGCCGGGAACUCAGAGGGGACGAGCUCAUCCUGAUCUUUGGCGCCGACGAGGUGGUCUGCACACGGAUCUACGUUCGAGGAUAGCAAACAUCCGCUUCUGUCCACAUUCAAACAUCCUUCAAUAAAUAGUGUAUCAGUUUAAAAAAAAAAAAUACUCAAGUUACAUCGUCAAUGAUCUGAUUGUCAAGCUGCAGUAUCUUAUGUGUAAUUCACAAUUCCUGCUGUGUCGAAUGCUUCUCCUCUUUUUGGUAUAAAUGUUUGUUU